AUGCCGUCUCAAAACAUCAUUCGCGCCCUCCUUGGCCUCUCGACCGCAAAUUUAGGCCUCUCGGCCUACACGUUAUACAAUGCCAAUGAGAAAUUAGAGCGCAAUUGGGAGGAAGCUGAGUCGCGCAUGGACACGCUUGAGGGAACUCUUCGCGGACACAUCGGCAUUAUAGAGGAUAGUCUCGAACGGAUCGAGAAGACGCUGGACACGAAGCAUGGACUGGGGAAGGGAAUGAGUGCCAAGACGGAGGCUCUGUAUGGUGGAAGAGGAAAGGAUGGAAAUGUCGGAGAGAAGUCGUGA